AUGAUACUCGAUCUAAAGCAGGUCGCGGCUGUCCUCCUGGCUUCGGCCUCUGUGGCCCAGGCCACCGUUCAAGGCUUCGAUAUCUCCCACUACCAGGCCAACGUCAACUUUGCGGCGGCAUAUAACUCUGGUGCCCGCUUCGUCAUGAUCAAGGCCACCGAAAGCACCACCUACACCGACCCUUCGUUCUCCAGCCAUUACACCGGUGCCACCAACGCUGGUUUCAUUCGCGGUGGCUACCACUUCGCCAUCCCCAAUGACAGCAGCGGCGCCGCUCAGGCCAAGUACUUCCUUGCUCACGGAGGAGGCUGGUCAAAUGACGGCAUCACCCUCCCCGGUAUGCUGGACAUCGAGUACAACCCCUAUGGCGCCACAUGCUACGGACUUAGCGCCUCUCAGAUGGUGUCUUGGAUUUCCGAUUUCGUCAACACCUACAAGAGCAGCACCGGCCGGUAUCCGAUGAUCUAUACCACCGCUGACUGGUGGAACACCUGCACGGGCAACAGCAAAUCUUUCACCGAGUGUCCUCUCGUCCUGGCUAGGUACUCGAGCUCUGUGGGCACCAUUCCGGGCGGAUGGCCGUAUCAGUCGUUCUGGCAGAACUCCGAUAGCUAUACCUAUGGUGGCGACUCGGACAUCUGGAACGGCACUUUGGACAACCUCAAGAAGUUCGCCAAGGGUUAG